GAAGCUCCCGUGUUGUUGUGCGCGGCUGGUUGAGUCCCCGUGUCUGUUGAGCUACUUUUUUCUCGCCACGGCGCUACUUUCGCGUGGGUGCCAUGGGGGAAGCCGAGAAGUUUCACUACAUCUACAGUUGUGACUUGGACAUCAACGUGCAGCUUAAGAUAGGAAGUUUGGAAGGGAAGAGAGAACAAAAGAGUUACAAAGCUGUUCUCGAAGACCCAAUGCUGAAAUUUUCAGGGCUGUACCAAGACACCUGCUCUGACCUUUUUGUUACUUGUCAAGUUUUUGCAGAGGGGAAACCUCUGGCCUUGCCAGUGCGAACAUCCUACAAGGCAUUUAGUACAAGAUGGAACUGGAAUGAAUGGCUGAAACUGCCUGUGAAAUACCCUGAUCUACCCAGGAAUGCCCAAGUGGCUCUGACCAUAUGGGAUGUGUAUGGACCAGGAAAGGCAGUACCUGUGGGAGGAACAACAGUUUCUCUCUUUGGAAAAUAUGGCAUGUUUCGUCAAGGGAUGCAUGAUUUGAAAGUCUGGCCCAAUGUAGAAGCAGAUGGAUCAGAACCCACAAAAACUCCUGGCAGAACAAGCAGUACUCUCUCAGAAGAUCAGAUGAGCCGCCUUGCCAAGCUCACCAAAGCUCAUCGACAAGGACACAUGGUAAAAGUUGAUUGGCUAGACAGAUUGACCUUUAGAGAAAUAGAAAUGAUAAAUGAGAGUGAAAAACGAAGUUCUAAUUUCAUGUACUUGAUGGUUGAGUUUCGAUGUGUCAAGUGUGAUGAUAAGGAAUAUGGUAUUGUUUAUUACGAAAAGGAUGGUGAUGAGUCAUCUCCAAUUUUAACAAGUUUCGAGAUAGUGAAAGUUCCUGACCCUCAGAUGUCUAUGGAGAAUUUAGUUGAAAGCAAACAUCACAAACUUGCCCGGAGUUUAAGAAGUGGACCUUCUGACCACGAUCUCAAACCUAAUGCUGCCACAAGGGAUCAACUUAAUAUUAUUGUGAGUUAUCCACCAACCAAACAGCUUACAUAUGAAGAACAGGAUCUUGUGUGGAAGUUCAGAUAUUAUCUUACUAAUCAAGAGAAAGCUUUGACAAAAUUCUUGAAAUGUGUUAAUUGGGAUCUACCUCAAGAGGCCAAACAAGCAUUGGAACUUCUGGGAAAAUGGAAGCCAAUGGAUGUAGAGGAUUCCUUGGAAUUGUUAUCAUCUCAUUAUACAAAUCCAACAGUGAGGCGUUAUGCUGUUGCCCGGUUACGUCAGGCAGAUGAUGAGGAUUUAUUGAUGUACCUAUUACAGCUCGUCCAAGCUCUUAAAUAUGAAAAUUUUGAUGACAUAAAAAAUGGAUUAGAACCUACAAAGAAAGAUAGCCAGGGUUCAACUUCAGAGAGUGUGUCAAAUUCUGGAGUAAAUUCUGCAGAAAUAGAUAGCUCCCAAAUUAUAACCAGCCCUCUUCCUCCCAUAUCGUCUCCUCCUCCUGCAACCAAAACUAAAGAAGGUUCAGAUGGUGAAAAUCUGGAACAAGAUCUCUGUACCUUCUUGAUAUCAAGAGCCUGUAAAAACUCCACACUGGCUAAUUAUUUAUACUGGUAUGUGAUAGUGGAAUGUGAAGAUCAAGAUACUCAACAGAGAGAUCCAAAGACCCACGAAAUGUACUUGAAUGUAAUGAGACGAUUCAGCCAAGCAUUGUUGAAGGGUGAUAAGUCUGUCAGAGUCAUGAGAUCUCUGCUGGCUGCACAGCAGACGUUUGUGGACCGACUGGUCCAUCUAAUGAAGGCAGUGCAGCGUGAAAGUGGAAAUCGUAAGAAAAAGAAUGAGAGGUUACAGGCAUUGCUUGGAGACAAUGAAAAGAUGAAUCUGGCAGAUGUGGAGCUUAUCCCAUUGCCUUUAGAACCCCAGGUGAAAAUUAGAGGUAUAAUUCCAGAAACAGCCACACUAUUUAAGAGCGCUCUUAUGCCUGCACAAUUAUUCUUUAAGACAGAAGAUGGAGGCAAAUAUCCAGUUAUAUUUAAGCAUGGGGAUGAUUUACGCCAAGAUCAACUUAUUCUUCAAAUCAUUUCACUUAUGGACAAGCUGCUACGGAAAGAAAAUCUGGAUUUGAAGUUGACACCUUAUAAAGUAUUAGCCACUAGUACAAAGCAUGGCUUCAUGCAGUUCAUCCAGUCAGUUCCUGUUGCUGAAGUUCUUGAUACAGAAGGAAGCAUUCAGAAUUUCUUUAGAAAAUAUGCACCAAGUGAAAAUGGGCCAAAUGGAAUCAGUGCUGAGGUUAUGGAUACUUAUGUUAAAAGCUGUGCUGGAUAUUGUGUGAUUACAUAUAUACUUGGUGUUGGAGACAGACACCUGGAUAACCUUUUGCUCACAAAAACAGGCAAACUCUUCCACAUAGACUUUGGAUAUAUUUUGGGUCGGGAUCCGAAGCCUCUUCCACCCCCAAUGAAGCUUAAUAAAGAAAUGGUGGAAGGAAUGGGAGGCACCCAGAGCGAGCAGUACCAAGAGUUCCGUAAACAGUGUUACACUGCUUUUCUCCACCUUCGAAGGUACUCUAAUCUGAUUUUAAACUUGUUCUCCUUGAUGGUGGAUGCAAACAUUCCAGAUAUUGCUCUUGAACCAGAUAAAACUGUGAAAAAGGUUCAGGAUAAAUUCCGUCUAGACUUAUCUGAUGAAGAGGCAGUGCAUUACAUGCAGAGUCUGAUUGAUGAAAGCGUCCAUGCUCUGUUUGCUGCAGUGGUGGAACAGAUUCACAAGUUUGCCCAGUACUGGAGAAAAUGAAGAUAUGUUUGGCCCAUCAAGAUGCUUGGCUUUGUAUGAAAACUACAUUAGAAGCAACCCAUGUAUAAGACUAGCAAAAAGAAGAUACCAUAUAUGCUAAAUAUUAGAUGGUGCCUGAUUUCCUUGUAUGUCAUUGUUUAUAUAUAUGGUCUUGGAGAGAUUGUUUUAAAAUAUUGUAUAUAUUUAUUUUCAAAUGUAUACUAUGUUAAUAUAAGUUUAUUCAAGCAUCAUGUAUAUAUUAUGAGAGUUCUGAAGAAAUUAUAUGUUGAAAUAGAUAAACCUCUUAGUGCUUGGGUUUGAAAUAUCAUUUCCCCCACUCAUCUCUUCACAUCAGGAAAGCAGUUAUAUGAAUUUGAGUUAACUGUCUUGUCUCAGUUUAGAAGGUUUUUGUUUUAUCUUUACCUCCCUCUUCCCCCUCUCUCUCUUUCCUAUUAAUCUCCUAUCCCCAAAUUUUGCUUUUUGUACAUUUGUUUGUUGACUGACUGUAAAAUACUUAAAAGUUUCAUAUAUUACGGCUCAUUAUUUUACAAUCUGAGAAUUGUAUAUAUUUCAAAUAAGACAUUUUAUAAUUGCUGUUUUUUCUUUAAACUACAGUUCACUCUUUUUCUAGUUUGUAAGUACAUUAAGUAGCGUAUGAAAAUGUAAGCUAUCUGAGUAACUGGCCAAAAUAAUACUAGAGCAGCUUUCAGUAUUACGCUUAAGAUAUUUUUAUAUUUGCAUGUAAAUUGCCUUUCUGCAAUAUUUUUUUAAUGCAAAUGUUUUCAAAAGCUUUUUGAAAUACCUCUUCUAGUCUUGUAAUGUAUUUCAGUAAAACAUUGUUACCACUGAUCUUCUAGUGUAUUCCUAACAUACUAAGCCCUGUUCCAAAGGUGAAGAGUCCCACUAAUCCACCUAGCUGUUUCCCUCAUGGAUCUUUGGGGAAAGGGAAUGUGCAUGAAUGAGAAGAGGACAGGAUAAUAAUCUUCACAAAUGAAAGUGUUGCAUUAGUCAUGUGACCUUAUUUAGAAAGAAAAACAAUUAUGUUUUUGCUGAGUAAAUAUUAAUUAUCAAAUGAUGGAAAAGAUUAAAAGGGUUGAAUUAAAGAACAUUUUCAUAUAAUGACAUUAAUUAUGUUUAUUAUCAAAUUCUUAUCUGAGAACUUUCCUCUUUAGAGUGGGGUAACCAGCUGGAAAAUAUGCAUAUUUUAAAAAGCUACCCUAGAGAUACAUGAAAUGGGAUUUGUAGAAAACGCAACAUGCAGGUUUGAAAGAUGGUAAAAGAUGAGAACUUAGCAAAUCGUUAAGAGAGUUUAUCCCAAUGUGAUGGGCAAGUUACAUCCUUUGUAUUGCUUUAAAUUUACUUCCCAUGUUUACAUCUUUAUUUUUCUGUUGCCUGAAAGUUUUUCGCCCAUUUACAUUCUCAUUUGUUCCUAUAUCUAGUGGCAUCUCCUCCAAAAAAUUCUUAAUGUCCCUGUUGAAGUGAUUUCUCCAACCUUCUCGACUCCUGUAAUUAUUUAUAAAGUGCCAAAAAAUUACAAAACAUAAAAAAUAUUUUUCUUUAUAAACACCAACUUGUAAUUGGUGUUUAAUAAAGUUGGGUGUUUUUGUUAUACUUAUAUCUCCUAUUUUAGACUGUUGCAAACUUUCUAUAAAAGGGCCAAGAUGCUUUGAUAUAUUAAGUGCUUUUAAUUUCACUCACAACUUAACUCUGCUGUUACAUAAUAAGAAAGCAGUCAUAGACAACAAGUAAACAAAUGGGCAUCACCGUAUUUGACCUUCCAGCCAUAAUUUGCUGACCCCUGUUUUAAUUAUUAUAUGGCAACACUGAAUCAUCUUGCUCUUUUAUUAAACUUCACAAUAUUUAGUAUAGAUCAUGGUGUGUAUCUAGCAGACCUUCAUAAAUAAUAUUUGGACUAAUAUAAUAUUUAUAAGGUCAAAUGCUGACAACUAGUCAGGAGCAUUGAUCUAGUAUUGUAUUCAGUGCAAAAGUGGUAAGAACUAUCAAUAUAUAGGAGACAAAGUGUUUUUAGUGGUGAAGACAGUUAUUGAGUGAAGAAGGGGCGUAGCUGAGGGUAGACAAAAACUGUGGUUUCACUGAGUAUUUUGGCAGUGGGUGCUGAGUUUACCACAGAAAGAAAAGUGAUUGACCAGUUUUAAUUUCUGUUGCACAAAAUAACCUCUGCGCCUACUGUUUUCCCCAAAAUUCUAUUGUCUUGUUCAGAGCCCUGUCUUCACAAUGCAGUCUGUUUCUUUAUUAUUGCCAUCCAGAUUCUUUAGUACAGUUUAAUAGUAUUUUGUGCAAAAUGCUUACUUUGAGUUUGAGAAAUUUCUGAGAACACAGUGCUUUGAUUAGAAAGUGAGUAAUAAGGUCAUUCCUGUAAACAUUUAGAGUGAGAUUUCUGAGUAGAAGAGAGAGAAUGUGAGUCACAGACACUGAGAAUGGGAUUGUGAAAAAGAAAAAUGAAGUGGUUCAUAUUCCUAAAGAAAGGAUUGAUACACUGAUGUUUUUGCCAUUCUCUGUCUACUAAGGGUAGAUGUUCCCUGGCUUAUUUUUGUCAUAGAGUUUUCAGCUGAGAAUAAUAUUAAGUCAGCAUGAGGAGGGCUUACUACUGCAUGCCAGGACUGCUAAUUGCUUCAUGUGACUCAUGUCAUUAUUCUGUGUAAUGUUCAAUGAGGUGGAAUUGUCUCCCCUUUUUCCAGAAGUUUAAGACAGUUGACUUACCUGCCCAAAGUCAGGCUGCCAAUGAAUGCAGAGUUGGGAUUUGAAGUUGUUAGUCAGAUUACAAUGAUCACAGCCUUCACCAUCAGAUUCUCCUGAGGCAUUGGUGAUAAUACCUCUAUGUGCAUGUGUGUGUUUGGUGUAUUAGGCAUCAGUCUCUAAAAAACAAAACUCUUUUCUUUUUCUAUUGUCACUAACAGGAAUACCAAAGUUACAGACUAUACUAAUAAAGUAAAUUAAACAAAUUUCUAAGAAACUGGUUGUGUUGUUAUGACAUGUAUUCACACCUGCCUUGGGAUGGGAAAUAAAUUAUUUAGUAAAAACAUAAAGACAAAAUAAAUCUUAGCUGUGGAACUGUUAACCUAUAACCAUGAUAUACAUUAUAUCCUUGCACAUAGAUAUAACAUUGCAAUUACAAAAACAUAAGCCAGACU